AUGGAAACAGACUCCGAUGUAAUUCCCAUCUGGCAAAAUAAGCCCCAUGGAUCAACUCGUAGUGUUGUGAGAAGAAUAGGUUCCACGCUUCCUCUCAAACCUCCACAGAGGGCAUGUUUUCAGGAACUUCCAGGCCUUCCCUCUCUUCGUCCUUUUGAUGGCCCGAUGGUUCCAACUUUAGCAGAUAUAGCUUGGAUUGUUGCAGAUGAAGAGGAGACGUAUGCAAGAGUCAGGAGUGACGCUCGUCCAUUGAAACAUGAAUGGCGGCCGACUCCUCUUUUAGUCCUCCACAGAAACUCCUCCGUGCCCAACUUCAGGCGUGAAGGCUUGAAAAGAAUGGAGGGCCUCAAAAAGCCUGGUGUGACAGCCCUUAACCGCACCACAGCGUUGCAGGAUGAGCUCAGCAAGCUGCGGGCACAAAUUGCCAAGAUUGUGGCCAGUGACUCGGACUCUAACCCCAUAACACCCGACUUGCUGUCUCCUGAUGACACAAGUAUGAGUUUCUCCUUGGCUCCGUUUGAGACUUCUUCCUACCAGCCUGCCGCCACAGCUGCUGCCUCUUUUGUUAUCAGCGAUGUGACCGAAGAGGAGGAGGAAGAGGAGGAAGAUGAGAAGGACGUUGUCUCCAUGGUGUCGGAACUUGUGCCUGAUCCUCUGCCUCCUGUUUCCAUGACGGCGUCUGCCACGUUCGACCUGGACCGGCCCAGCAUGGACUUCAGGGAGGCCGAGGAGGACACCGUGUCUUUGUCCAAGUCCACCAGCUUCGCAGACGUCAUGGACAUCCUGAAAGACAUGAACCGCAUGAAGAUGAGCAAGGAGAGUAAAUACAACAGAGGAUGCACAUCACUCCGAGACGAGGAUUCAGCCGCCCUCAUUUCAGACGCUCUGAAGAGAAAGUUUGUUUUAAAAGAUGAAGACACCGCUGCUGGCAAUCAAAAAUAG